AAAUAUAUAUAUAUAUGCUUCUGCAUUUGCAUGAUUAAAAUUUUUAUACUGAAGUUAAUUUUCAGUCUUUUUUUUAUGUUAGUAUUAUUAUUACUAUUUUUAAUCUUUGGAUGUGAUUUUGUAUCUCUGCUAGCUAUUCAGUGAAAACUAAAACACGGUGAAAUUAACAUGAGUACUGGAAGAGGUAGUAGUAGUAGUAGUAGUAGUUCAAAGCAUGAAAUGGAGCUGAACUUGUCUGCACCAAUAAGGCCAAACUCACCCCAUGACAAUGAUGUUGCGCCAUGGAAUUCACCAUCAUCGGAAAUAUCGUCAGAAAUGUCGGUGGUGGAAGGUUCUUCUUCUUGUGUGUCGUGGGAGGCGGCAGAAGAGAGUAGCGUCGUUGAUGGAACUUUUGCAAGCAGCCCAGCAAUGGUGCUGGUGGGGUGCCCUCGAUGCCUAAUGUAUGUGAUGCUAUCACAAGUAGAUUCCAAGUGUCCCAAAUGCAAUAGCACAGUAUUGCUCGAUUUCCCUUUCCUCAAUAUUGAUCAUGAGGAAGCCACUAAGACCACUGCAGGGAUCUGAUAUUGAUAAUUAUGUAAGAACAUAUAUACAUAUAUAUAUCUAUAUAUAUAUAUAUAUAUGUGGACUCCUUAAUUAAUUUCCUUCAUCUUUAUUAUAUGUCGACGUACGUUGUUCUUGAUGUUUGUAGGACAUCCAUAUAAAUUGGAAGAGUAAUUUCCUUCAUCUUUA